AAGGCGGUGCUGCUGCAUUGAACAAGCUACGGGAAGCAACCGGUUGCAUUUAAUUGAUAGUGAUCUUAUUUAUUAUUGUUCAGUGCUUCGUGAAGUUUUAACCACAACCAAGAAAUCAUGGAUGAUCUUCCAGCAGAGCAGAUUGCAAUCCUGCAAAAGGCGUUCAACAGUUUCGACCGCGAAAAGACUGGCAGCAUCUCGUCCGACACGGUCGCCGAGAUCCUCCGACUGAUGGGACAACCCUUCAACAGCAAAAUCCUCGAGGAGAUGAUCGAAGAGGUUGACGAAGACAAAUCCGGCCAGAUUGAAUUCGAAGAAUUCGUCCAGCUAGCAGCCAAGUUCAUCGUUGAGGAGGACGAGGAAGCGCUGCAGAAGGAGCUGCGAGAGGCCUUCCGUCUGUACGACAAGGAAGGAAAUGGCUUUAUCCCCACCUCCUGCCUACGCGAAAUCCUCCGGGAACUGGACGAUCAGCUCUCCGAGGAGGACCUGGACAUGAUGAUCGAGGAAAUCGACUCCGACGGUUCGGGAACGGUUGACUUCGACGAAUUCAUGGAGAUGAUGACUGGCUAAAGCUAACAACCUCGUUUGCAUCACCCAUUCAUUAUCGUCGUCACUCCGAGUUGUAACAACAACAAAAACAACCGCGCAAAGCCCAUCUAACUCUUAUACUGUUAACAUUUUUCUUAAUAAAAAAAAAGUCACCAUUCUUUUGUAAACAUAUACUUUUAGAAGAAAAGAAAAAGAGCAGCGAUACAUCGUUUCGGCGGACGUGAUUUGCAACACGUAUUGUUAUUUUUGACAGCAGUUUUAGUUUUAGUAACGACCUUGAAUUGCUAUUUUUCUUAAAACUACUGUAA